CUUUUUUGAAAGCUAGGAGCCGAACAAGAAGGUGAGGAUCUGUGCGACCGUCGGACUUACCUGAUAUAUUUCAUUUUGCGAAUAUCGGACAUGGAGACCCGAGAGUCGGGACAAGGGAUCCGAAAACGGAUACGUAUUUGUCGUUGCUAUGGCUUAUAUACGCGUUGUUAUGGAAUGGCAUUGUUCGUAUUUGCAACGUGCUGUCCUUCAUCUUCAACCAUCACUUUUUUUACCGCCCCCGCCGUCCUUUACCUAUCCUUCGACAUCGACCAUGACGACGUACUCUGCAUUCUUUUCUUCUGGUCUUCUUGCUCCUCGCCACAUAUUCACGGCCAACCUCAACGUCAAUUCCUUCAUAGACUCACCCUCUUCACCUCUCUUUGACGAUGCUAGCGACAUCGAAGCCGACGACGAGCGGGGCCGUAUAACAGUACCGGAGAUGACAACUGCUGUUAAUGCAGCCUUGCGACCACACCUACGGAAACGUCGGUCGAGUCUGAGCAUCGGAACGUCCAUUAAUGCUCUCAAGUCGCCUUCACGUAAUGCGAGCACUGCCCUGCAGUUCCAGAUCCACAUUCAGGCGUCCCCUUCACGAUCCAGGAGUGGAAGUCUCAGCUCAGUGAUGGGCACUCUGGUGGAGAACGAAUUCCAGGCCAACGUUGCCAGUGAGGGGCCGAGCCUUGUGGCACGGAUGAGAAGUGGCAGCGUUGGUACUUCUCUUCGUCCCCGCAGGCCCAUUCGAAGGACACAUGCGCCCGCACCUUCACUGCCGCCACCUACUGCUCCUCUACCUGAUUUGCCGCUCUGUGAAGCUGACAAGCCGAAGCAUUUGUGGUCCUCACAGCCGCUUGAUCAUGCCAGGCACCCGCUUGUACAAAGCCUUCAGCCGGCCUAUGCAGCUCUGCCGCAGCCCUUCCGUGCAGAGCCCAAAGGGGCCGUUGAUGAGGAGAUGAAAGAAAACUAGGCCCCCCCUUCCAUGGCGCCACCCAAAAAUUACCGUCUUGUCUUUGUCGAAUCGAUCCUCUAUUCACGAAUAUCCUAAUAUUAACUCUCGUAUAUUAUUAUUUAAUCGGUAUUCCUUCUUCGGCUACUUUCUUCUCCUUUGGUCCUGGUGGCCGCUUUGGGUUUAUAGAUGGGUGUGGUUUGCAUAAUUAUUCUUUCUGGCUAUUUAACUACCAGAUCACUAUCCGGAUUCCCCGCCGAACCAUUGUCCCACUAUGGCUUACCACGUUGCAUCAUUGCUUUCUCUUAUACGCUUGCAUCUUUUACCCACAUCAUUUCUUACGAAUUGAACGAAUUUGUACGAUCACAGUAAUAGAUUCAUGUUAUGUCUGUUCGUAAGUAGCUGGCUAAGGUGGAAUUUCUCUG